UAUUUCACAUUAUCCGCGUAUGUGGAUAACUAUUAUGUACAUGUUUAACUAUUAUGUAUUAUGUUUAUGCUGUACAUAAUGUACAGCAUAAUCAAGAAAUAAAGUCAUAGAAAUCUGAGUGAUUUGCCUCUUUAAAGAGUGAUGAUGAUUAAUCAAUGGCUGAAUGUAUGAUAUACAUUGUACUACAAGAAAGUGUGUGAGUGAAGUGUGUGGGUAUGUCAGGUGAGGUAUGUAUGGUAUGUUAUUAUUGAGUCAGUUAUUAUUAAUAGUGCAGACUGUAGAGGCUGUUUACUGGAGGAGAUGUCAUCAAUCUAUCAACCAGUCGAGAGGUACUUUCACUCUACAGUACAGGUAGGAGACUACCUGUACUUGUGGGGUGGGAGGCUGCCUGAUACUGAAAACAUGAAAUCAAUGCAUUCUGUAGUGGAGGUCUGUCAUGUACCAUCUGGUGAGUGGGUACAAAAGCCUACCACUGGUGACCCUCCACUUGGUGUUCAAGGAUAUGCUGCUGCUGUCAUUAGAAAUGAAAUAUUCUUUUAUGGAGGCUAUAAUGUGAACUAUAUACAUUUUCAUGAAGGUCAUCAUAAUAGUUUAUACAGUUUUAAUGUUGAUACCUUCAAUUGGAAGGAACUCUCUCCUACUACAUCUCAUCAUGGUCCUAUGAUGAAGACUGGCUCUGGUAUGGUUGCACUACAAAUCAAUGAUGAGGACUAUCUUGCAGUAAUUGGAGGUUGGGGACCAUUUUAUACCCCACCACAACCUGGUGCCCAGUACAGUGGAGGUGGUUAUCAAUAUUGCAAUGAAGUGCAUAUGUACAGAUUAAAAACUGGUGAAUGGGCUUCACCAACUGUCACUGGAGACAGACCACCUCCUAUUAAUGCCUUCACUUUAACAUCAAUAACUAAUACCACUGCUAUAUUGUUUGGUGGUGAGAUUAGUUAUAGUAGAUGGAGUAAUGAUGUAUAUGUAUUUGAAUUUACUGAUACAUCAGUGAAUUGUACAAUGUUUUCUAAUCCUGGAGGAUCAGUACAAUGGCCUGAGGAGAGAUAUCAUCAUUCCAGCGUAUUGAUCAACUAUAGCUCAGGACCACACCUACUAGUGGUGGGUGGAUGUGCUGGUGGUAUCCAUGACUGUUGGUUGUUAAAUAUAAACAAAAUGGAAUGGAAACAACUGACUAAUAUACCAGACAGUGUCACUGAUAGAUAUGGACAUUCUCUCUCAGUUUGGAAUGAGACACAGGCCACUCACUGGAUAAUUGAGUUUGGAGGAGGGAGCAGUAGUGGUUCAGAACUAAGUGAUACAAGAUUUAUUGAAAUCAUAUCUAGUACUGGUGAUUUGGUAGUACAGUCAGUACUGGACAUUAAUGAAUAUCGAAGGGAAAGAGCACGGCAAAGACUUGCACAAGCAGGUCAUCCUCCUUCAAUUGAAGACAUUAUGAACAAGAAGCCACAAAAGAGUGACCUCCUUAGAUAUUUCACAAGUUCUGCUGCUCAUUAUUCAACUAUUGGUAUUGCACUUGAUGUUGAUGUGACUGACUUGUUGCAUAGUCCAAUGGCAGCCUCUGAUAAGCUCAUACUAGUGUUUCAGAGAUGGAUAGACUCCAAUAAAGGAGUGACCUGGAGGAAAGUACUUCAAGUUUGUGAUGAUUAUCCAGACCAACUUGGAAGAGUAAAAGCUGAAGUGGAAAAAUUCCUAUCAUCAGACAGAGCCCAUGAUAAUUAUUAAAAAUAAUAAUAUACAAUAAACUAAUACUUUGUGCACAAAAUUAAUUUCAAGUAGCUAAUAGUAUUUUUGUUUGUUUUUUGUGUGAAUUAAUUAAGGUUUACAAUGUAUCUCUCACAUUUAUUAUUAUUUUUUCAAAAGAACUUGAAGUAAAAA